AUGUCUCCUACGCAGUUCCACCAAAGACGCCGCACAACGAGAGGAAGACGACAUUCACUCGAGGGGCAAACCCCAGACGAACGCACCUCGCUGCUUCGACCGUCGACUCGUGGCUCACGUCUGCGCAUACAAAGUCCAUAUAGCGGCGGCACGCCCAAACCGCCGGACCUGUCAAGGGUCCAGAGCUACUCCGAGAGUUUACGACAAUCGAGACAUCACAGCCGGCAGGGAUCGUGGGGACAGCGCGUAAUACAGGCGCUGAAGGAUGGCCAACAGCCACUGUCGGAACCUAAGGGUUCCAUAUUUGCCCAUGAGCGCAUCUGGUACGAUCAAUUCACAUCGACCGAUUGGGUACACGACAGCAUAGCGGAUGCCUACAGAGUCAAAGAGCUGCGGUCCCGUAGGGACUUCUGGGGCAGGUUGAUUGUCUUGUUCGACGGUGCCCAAGGCUGGAUUCUGAGUGCCGUGGUCGGCUUUCUGGUCGCCGUCGUUGCUUAUUGCGUUGACGUAGCUGAGACCACCAUCUUCGACUAUAAAGAUGGCUACUGUACGAGAGGCUGGUAUCUACGAAAGAAAUUGUGUUGCCGUCAUGGUCGUUGUACCGACUGGCGAACUUGGUCAGAAAUCAUUGGUGACCAUCCCUUUGGGGAGAAAUGGACCAAGUUUGGCAUCUACCUCGUGGCGGUCAUUCUUCUUUCUGUCCUCGCCUGCUUGUUGACCCUGACGACCAAGACUGUGGUUCCGUCCGCAUACCGGAUGACUACCCUCGACGAGAAUCUCGCAGCCGAUUAUCCUGGCGAUCCUAACGACCACGACAAUGACUCAACUAUUAGUCCUCGACAGGUAUCCCAAGGACCGCCCGCCCCUCCCAUGGUAUACUAUUCGGCAGCAGGAAGUGGUGUUGCGGAGGUCCGCGUCAUCCUGAGCGGUUUCGUCUUGCAUGGUUUCCUCGGCUUCAAGACCUUGGUCAUCAAAUCCGCCGGCCUGAUCCUGAGUGUCGCCUCUGGUCUGAGCCUCGGGAAGGAAGGUCCUUUCGUGCACAUUGCCACUUGCAUUGGCAACAUAGCCUGUCGGUUGUUCACAAAAUAUGACCGAAACGAUGGAAAGAGGCGCGAGGUUCUAUCUGCGGCCGCAGCAGCCGGUGUCGUCGUCGCUUUUGGCGCUCCUCUUGGAGGCUUUUUGUUUGGCCUCGAGGAAGUCGCUUACUUCUUCCCUGCCAAAACCCUCUUCAGGACUUUCUUCUGCUGCAUCAUCGCCGCCCUGUCAUUGAAGUUCCUCAAUCCCUACGGAACACACAAGAUUGUCAUGUUCGAAGUCCGUUAUAAUGCCGACUGGGAAUAUUUCGAACUGGUUAGCUUUAUCCUCGUGGGCAUUUUGGGCGGUGCCGCUGGUGCGCUCUUCAUCAAAGCGUCAAAACAGUGGGCUAUGACGUUCCGCAAGAUCCCGCUCAUCAAGAAGCACCCCGUGGUCGAGGUCGUCGUGGUCGCCUUGAUCACCGCCUUCAUCGGGUAUUGGAAUGUCUUGACCAAGCUUCCAGUGGCUAAGCUUCUCUUGAAUCUGGCUUCGCCCUGUGAAGACGAGACCCGAGAUAAUCUUGGUCUGUGCCCAACAAGCAUUGAUGAGAUACCUGGCAUCAUGCGAACUUUGUUUGCUGCCUUCUUAGUGAAAGGGUUUCUCACUAUCAUCACCUUCGGUAUCAAAGUCCCUGCCGGCAUCUACGUUCCAUCUAUGGUUGUUGGCGGUCUGAUGGGACGACUUGCUGGCCAUGGUGUUCAGUGGAUGGUCUUACGCUUCCCGCAUGUUAGCAUAUGGAACUCUUGUGCUCUUUACUCGGAAUCCACUUGCGUACAGCCAGGUGUCUAUGGACUCAUUGCUGCAGGCUCGACCUUGUGUGGAGUGACGAGACUGUCCGUCACGCUCGCAGUCAUCCUGUUCGAACUUACUGGAAGUCUGGAUUACGUCCUCCCAUUCUCACUUGGAGUUCUUGUCGCGAAAUGGACGGCAGACGCUAUAGAGCCCUUGAGCAUCUACGAUCUGCUCACUCAGAUGAACUCUUACCCUUAUUUGGAUAACAAGCACAAGCCGAUAUUUACUUCGGACCUUGCCGAUAUCCUCCCUCGCGUACGUCGCGAGCGGAUAAUAGACAUCACCAGCUCACCCCUCGUCCCGGCUAUCAAUCUGCGAGCAAAACUUGAGCUUCUGCACAGAGCCGGUGAGCUAGAUGGCGGUCUGCCCAUCAUACGAAACGGAAUCCUUGUGGGCUUGAUACCAGCCCAAGAUCUGGAAUACGCGUUGGACAAUCUGGACGACGAAAUGACCAACCUUUGCUUGAUGGCAAGCGUGCCGAGUAUUGACGAUGACCAUAACGGUGAGCAUAACCCUACCGACUUCACACCAUAUAUCGACCCGGCACCGGUGGCUUUGGAUAUCAAGUCUCCGAUGGACCUGGUCUACGACUGCUUUGUCAAGCUUGGGCUGCGGUAUAUAUGCGUCUUGGAGGAUGGGCGCUAUGCCGGGAUGACACACAAAAAGAGAUUCGUGCAGUAUAUACGCGAACUCGAAGAGACACGUCAUUGA